UUAAGAAUUUUUCUUAUCCUCCACCUCUCGGCACAGUGCUUAAUUUCAUUUAUUCUGUUGCAGACAUGCUGUUAAGGGAGUGAUGGGCUUUGCUUAGGAGAUGCACUUCAUCUUCUGAUUCCUGUGGGAUUAACAGUGUUCACUUGGCUAACAGGGCUUGCAAAAUAGCAGGACUAUUAUGUUCUAACAAAUUGUUUAAUGACUUAAUAUCAAUCCUUAGGCUAUUGAAUUCAUAUGGUAUACUAUUUGGAGGUUCUCCUUAAAUCCUUUUCCCAUUUAAGUAGUUCAAAGAUUUACUCCAUGCUCUAUUCACUACUAGACACUUGACAAUGGCGUUGCUGCCAGCCUGUCACCAGCGAGAUGUUUUCAGGACUUAUUCACGAUAGUACCUACCUAAUUCUUCUUGUUGGUCAGCCCUUUGAAGUCCGUUCUCCCAAUGAACCCAUUUUGUCUGCUCUUUGAAUGUAUUGUUUGGGUUUUCUACUUUCACCUGUUUGUAUGCUGUAGGCAUUGCUCACCAAUAAGGUUAACCUGGCAGAUUGAAUGGUGCUUGUUUGGGUUGCCCGAGGAAAUCUUUUGGGCUCUUUCCACGUAGAUAGUAAAAUUACCUAUAGCCUCUCAGCCCUCACCCGCUCCCAAAAAUGAUUCUUCAUAAACAAAAAUGCUGCAUCCCUAGUUCUUUAGAAAUUUAUUUGAAAAUUCCCUUGCUCUUGAUGUCCAUGUCCUUGUGUUUGAACAGGGCUUGGUCGACUUUUAUGCGAGUAGUGGAGCAGAUUGCUGCUAUUUCAAGAUCUCUUUAUUGCUAUAAUAAUUUUAAACAUCCUUGCUGGUCCGAUGGUUUAUGUUUAUUAUAUCAAUUGGAUUAGGACUUGACUUUUUCUUCAUAGGUUUUAACCCAGUGAAGUGUUUGUCUCAGUUUCUGCCUUCUUUCCCCCCCGAUCUUGCUCUUCUUAAGUUAAGUUAUUUGAGUGUUUUUAUUUUCUGCAGACGUCACAAGGAAAAGAAGGACGAAACAACUGAACCAGAGGCUGACCCUGAAAGAGAUCAGAGGACAGUUUUUGCUUAUCAGCUCCCUCUAAGGGCGGAUGAAAGGGACAUUUUUGAAUUUUUCUCUAGAGCAGGCAAGGUUCGAGAUGUACGGCUCAUCAUGGAUCGUAAUUCUAGACGUUCGAAGGGAGUUGGGUAUAUUGAGUUCUACGAUGUUAUGUCAGUUCCAAUGGCUAUAGCUAUGUCUGGGCAACUUAUCCGUGGUCAACCAAUCAUGGUUAAACCCUCUGAAGCAGAGAAGAACCUGGUUCAGUCUACAUCUACUACCGCUGCAGGUCUCACUGUUUCAGGGGCUGCAAGGAGGUUAUAUGUGGGAAAUUUAGUUCCUAACAUUACGGAAGAUCAGCUACGUGUGGUUUUUGAAUCAUUUGGGAUUAUAGAGCUGGUGCAGUUACCUCGUGAUGAAGCAGGUCUCUGUAAGGGUUUUGCUUUUGUCCAGUUUGCACGUCUUGAAGAUGCCAAGUCUGCUCAAGUUUUAAAUGGACAACUUGAUAUUGGUGGUCGGGUUAUGAAGGUUUCAGCUGUUACUGAUCAACCUGGAAUGCAAGAUGCAGGGGCAACUACUGGUGAUUUAGAUGAUGAUGAAGGCGGUGGCUUGGCUUUAAAUGCAAGUUCCCGAGCACUCCUCAUGCAAAAGUUGGAUCGCAGCGGCAAUGCUACAGGUGUUGCUGGUUCACUUGCCUCCUCAGCUGUUAAUAGCGGAGGUCUUUCUAUGGCGUCUAUGCCACUUCCAGGGGCUCCUGGAAUUUCUCCUUUGGUCGCUCCUCUCAUGCAGCCUUCUGUUUCUUCUCUUGGGGGAUUACCUGGUUCUGGUCUUUCUGCUGCUCCAGGCACUCUCUCAAUGGUUGAUACCAUGGGCGUCCCCAGCGAAUGUCUUUUGUUGAAAAAUAUGUUUGAUCCCAGCCUGGAGACUGAACCAGAUUUCGAUCUGGACAUAAAGGAGGAUGUGCAGGAUGAGUGUACGAAGUUUGGGCCACUGAAGCACAUCUUUGUAGACAAGAAUACCGAAGGAUAUGUAUACUUGAAGUUUGAUAAUACCCAAUCAGCAAUGAACGCACAACGUGCACUACAUGGCAGAUGGUUUGCGGGGAAAAUGAUCAGUGCAACAUACAUGCUUCCUCUAGAAUACGAGGCUAAAUUUCCAGAAAGCAGAUGAGAAAGUAUGUUGUGGAGUUGCAGUAUUUGUGACCGAGCUAAAGAUAUCCGGAAGAUGAUUGGAGUCGUCUUCCGGUACCUGUAGAGAAAGCCUCAGGCAAUUAUUAGGAUCAUUUUCUUUAAUUUAUUUUUUGUGAUCUUUAGUAGGUUGGUCCUUCUGGUUAAGGUCCGGCAGGAGUACUUUUAUUAUUCCAAAUGUAGCGAGAAUAGAUUGAUAGGUUGGAUUUGUUAAAGACUAUUGUUUUUCACAAAGUUUAUUUAGAAUUUUUGUUAUACCAAGGGUCUGAAUACUUGUGACCAAAUUUGCCAUGUACUCAUUUCUCAAAUUUUGUAUAAUUGCUUAUAUUUCCUGCAA